AUGCAUGCACUGCUUGUGUUUAGCUCGUGUUUUGUUGCAUGCAGGUCUAGAAGGGCGUCCCAGCAGCUGUCCCGGAGCGCUGAAAGUAUUGAUCAGUCAUACAAAAGGUCCAAAAGCCGAUCUGUGGACCAUGGCUUCGCGCCGCCCUUCGACCUGGAUUCCCUGCGGUCGAAGGUUGAGAGCCGAUUUGAUGCUGUACAGAAAGACGAGGAUGAGCAUGCCAAGAGGUUACCACCCCCACCCCCUAUUAAAACUGUGACGUACACGGUUCGUGACCGGGACACUCUGACGUCAUUGGCUGCUCGCUUCGACACCACGCCCUCCGAGCUGACCAAACUUAAUCGACUGGCCACGCAAUUCAUCUUCCCAGGACAAACACUUCUCGUCCCGGAUAAAAGAAAAGAUGGCGAUAAGGAGUCUGAUGGCCCUUCAGAAAGCGGCGAUAACACGUCGGAAUCUACUCAAGGGGCACCGAGCGAGCCAGCGCAAGAAAAAGAAUUGUUGGACAAUUUGAGGCCGGGUUCACCCGAGGCGCCGACCAGCAGUGCUCCACAGAGGUUCUUGAAGAUCAAUGUGCGACACAUUACUGAUGGACAGGGAGUUGUAUCCGGAGUGCUCCUUGUCACACCAAACGCAGUUAUGUUUGAUCCAAACGUUUCCGAUACACUGGUGAUGGAACACGGCCCUGAAUCGUACGGUGUAAUUGCGCCAAUGGAGUACGUUGUGAAUGCGGCCAUAUUUUAUGAUAUUGCGCACAUGCGCACGCACGGGCCCGAUCAUAAUGCGCACAAAGUGGAGCAAGCUGAAAUAUAUUAUAUGAAUAAACCCGAGCAUUCACCUGGCAAGGACUCACUUCUAGUCAAAGACGAAACGUUCCCCGAGCUGCAGGCAGCCAGCGGGGACGGUGAAGGGGGGGAAGAACGACCUGCUUCGACUGAGGAAGAGAGAGGUGGAGCAGCCUUCCCCAAAGCCUUUGAGAGGGAGUUGGUCACACCAACUUUACAGCACCAAACAGCCGAAGAGAGGCGGAAGUCUUUGCUAGACCACCACUGGGCUAUCCCGAGUAAAGACAGAAUGUCUAUUGAUCAAGGAAGUGAGGUAUCAUCAAGCGCAGACCAUGGUAAAGAAGAGAGCUUGGAAGUAUCAAUGGCAGAAGGAGUGGAAGGUGCUGAAGGCUCCGAUGUUGACCGUGCAGCCUCCGCUGAAGGAGAUGAUGCCGCUCAUCUUGUGAAACUUUCCUACCACGAUUCUGGGAUUGAUAUACGCGAUCCAAUACUGCAUGUGACACCAGCUAAUGCUAAAAAGGUAUACAGCGACGCUGAUAUAGUACUAUCUGCUGACUGGGUCCCACCGGUGUGUUUACCGCGCACGGAGCCGCCCCUUUCCGCCCCACCUCUCGGUGAGAACGACCGCGCACAACGCAAACCAGCAGCUGUCUCUUUCUCGCUUGACGGAAAUCAGAAGGAUGAUCCUUCUAAGCCGGAUAAGAAGAACAAGAUGUUAAAGCGUCUAUCUUACCCGUUGUCAUGGGUGGAAGGUUUGACUGGUGAAGGACAGCCUACAGGUCCAGGCUCUCAAGGCGACUCGUUGCCAACGUCUGCUGACAGCCAACACUCCACCAGCGUCUUCUCCAAAGUAUUUAACAGUUCGCCAAUGAACCUAGUGGAGUUUGGUACUGGUUUGUUCCUGAGUAAAACUCCAUCGGAGGAGGCGCCGCAUGAGGCGCUGUCUGGGCGCAGCUCCUUGGGCGGUUUCGGACGUUCUCACACCAAAGCAAACAUAUUGCCUCAACCGAAACUCGACUACCGAAGCAUGGUGUCCGUUGAUGACAUGCCAGAUCUAUUUGCGUCUUUCGAUAAAUUGAUCCCGCGACCAGCUCGCCCAAGCGAUGACCCACCAUUGUACCUCCGCUUGCGCAUGGGCAAACCAGCGGGACGCCCUUUGCCGCGAUCAACACCGCUUAUGUCCUACGGGCGGAAACGUAUGAAGCCGGAAUACUGGUUUGGAGUGCCCAGAAAUAGGGUGGACGACUUAUUCAAAUUCCUAACACAUUGGGUCCCAGACCGAUACGGCCCUCUUGGGGACGUGUCCGCUAAAGGCUAUGAGCUCAUAGACAGCGACACCGAGUGGGAUGAUGACGAAACCAAACCAGGACAAAAGGAACGAACUGGAAGUAGUGGCGAUGUUUCUGAUCUUACAAGGGAAUCAUGGGAGCUGCUCAAGGCGCCCUACGUGAAAAUAUAUUCGAUUAUGAAGAGCCAAGCCGAAGCGCUGGGCGACUCACUCGGAGAAGAACCUCAGCCAGAGACUAUGAAAUGGAUAGAGAUGGUGCGGCUCGGACCGACGUCGCCAGAUAAGCCGCCAGCAUACGAACCCGAAAAGAUAACAGCUGAUACUGAUACACAAAGUGAACAGUCAGUCGCAGUUCUGCUAUUGAUCCUAGCUACUCAAGACAUACCGUACCAAUAUGUGUUUGGUUUAAAGGCGUAA